AUGGCCGCAAAGAUGAGGUACACCAUGACCACAAACAUCCAUAGGCCAAAGCCCAGCACUCAGGGCGGGAACGCAGAUGAGGGCAGAGAGGACGAUAGGGAUGAAGAUGUAGUACUUGAGGGUAGUGUCGCCGGGUCGUUUACCGAAUACGAAUACGAGUUGAGUGUUUAG